AUGGCGGCCCCGACUGUGGUGACGCCUUUGGGGCCUUCAAGGCUACCGACUCCAAAUACACCAUUGACAAGGACUUGUACACCCGAGUAUUCUCAAGCUAGAAACAGCUAUGCACCAGACGCCUCUAUCGCGCUCAUCGGCAUGCGAGGCAGUGGCAUGUCAACCCUAGCAGUCAUGGCCUCAAGUGCCCUCGGAUUUCGCAUUCUUGAUGCGGAUCAAUAUUUUUACCGCGCCACUGGUCUUUCUCGAGCAGUUUACAAGUCUUCCAACGGUAUCGCUCAAUAUCGACAGGAGGAGCUGAGAUUGAUGAAAUCCAUGCUCUUUGACAAUCCAACUGGCGCGGUUAUUGUUUGCGGCCCUGGAGUUGUUGAAGGCACUGGCAAAGAAUGGCUUUCAGCGUAUGCCAAGGACCACUUGGUCAUCUACAUCUUGCGAGAUGCUGAAGAGAUCCAACGCCAUCUGAGAGUAUUCGACGUGGAAACCAUUCGGGAUCUCACGCGGCGUGCAGCACCGGCCUACAGAAAGCUCUCCAGUUUUGAGUUCUAUAACAUUUCGGAUAUGUCACUGUCCAAGCUGGAUGUGGCAUCAUCGCGGGGGGAUAUAUCGCCUAGGGCUCUUGCACUGAAGAAGGUUGAAGAAGACUUUCUGCAGUUGAUAUACAGCAUCACAAGGCGAGACGACUGCUAUAGCAAGUACAAAGCAAAGAACAGUCUCUCGUCCAUACCGCUCGAGACGAGAAAGUUUACCUAUUCUUUAACCCUACCACUAUCGACACUCAGCACGCUUAUCACGGAAUUUCGUGGACUGGACACUGAAGCAGACGCGCUUGAACUUACAAUACCUGCUUCAAGUCUCUUCAAUGAGGUUGGCGUCGAGGAAACUGCGGUAGAUCGAAUCAGCAGACAGUUCUCCGUUGUCAGGAGGAACAUCAGACUUCCAAUUCUCUACCAUAUCGACAUAUACGGAAGUGAAAACAAAAUCUCAGAGGAUGAGUAUUUUGAGCUCCUGCAUCAUGGACUGCGCCUCGCACCGGAGUACCUCUGUGUCGAUCUUAAAUGCGACACACCCAAGAUCAAGAAUCUCAUUGCAUCCAAAGGGCACACAAAGGUCAUCGGCCAUCAUGUCGUUUCCGAUCCAGCAGAAGAUGGUUGGAACUUACCAAAACAAUGGGCCACGAUCGAAAGGGCUCAAAGCCUCGGUUGUGAUAUCAUCCGGAUCUGUCAAGAGGCAAGGUCCGUGGAAGACAACUUCGCCGCACAACACUUUAUCCAUCGAGUCAAAUCGUCUCCAGAUCAUACUAUCCCAUUAAUAGCAUACAACACUGGCCGUCUUGGACGAAUGUCAUGCUAUCUCAACCCCAUUCUGAGCCCAGUUACACAUCCGCUAGUCCGGAAGCUGGCCCCAAACUGUCCAUCAAAUGCUCUGCUCACAGUGCAAGAAGCGCAAAAAGCAGUCUUUUCAUCCUUUUUACUAGAUGGCCAGUAUUUCGGUAUCUACGGUAAUUGCACAUCGAAGAGUUUGUCCCCAGCCAUGCACAAUGCGGCGUUUAAGCUACUUGGCAUGCCCCAUCGAUACAACAUCUUCCUCCACGAGUCAAUGGACCAGCUCUUUGAACUUGUCAAGGACAACACCUUUGGCGGUGCUAGUAUCACUGCACCAUUUAAGACUGCUAUAAUACCCAAACUGGACUUCUUGAGUGAAGAAGCUAGGGCUAUCGGAGCCGUCAACACGUUGCUAUGUCUGAGGCAGCCUACGAUGGAGUCCUUACUAGACAGGAAUACCGCUGGGCCAACAGUAGCUCUUUUUGGUGAGAACACGGAUUGGAUUGGCAUCCAUACCUGCGUGCAGAGGAAUCUAUCUCCAAUCAAUGCUGUGAGGAGACGAACGACCGGUCUCAUCAUUGGUGCUGGAGGUAUGGCUCGUGCUGCUGCGUAUGCCCUUAUUCGACUCGGUGUGAAGACUAUUCUGAUUCAUAACCGGACUCGGUCGAGGGCAGAAGAACUCAUCAAGCAAUUUGGUAGCCAGUAUAAGAACGAAACUAGUAACCCUUCUACGGAUGGAAGCGACACAGAGAUCGGAAGCCUUGAUCAUCCCUCGUUUAGAGUCAUCGCUUCGAAAGACGACGCAUGGCCUGAAGACCUAAGUCUACCAACAAUUGUCGUCUCUUGCGUGGCAACGCGAGAAAUCGAUGGACAGUGCUCGGCGGACACGAGCCUACCAGAACAUUGGCUGUCAAGCCCGACUGGCGGCGUUGCAAUUGAGCUUUCAUAUACACCGCUGGAGACUCCGCUGCUCAAGCAGAUAAAGUCAUUAUCAGAGAAGGGAUGGAUACCUGUUGAUGGUCUGCAAGUACUACCAGAACAGGGAAUGAUGCAGUUUGAGUUAUUUACUACGAGGCGAGCACCAGCUAAUCUGAUGAGAGAAGAGGUGUUUAGAGCAUACAAAGAGCGUUUGGCAAGGGAAGCAGAUACAUAG